GAAAAUAAUAAAGUCAAUGCAGUUUGUCAGGUUACUGAACACCAUGAAGCUUUUGGUCUUGAUCAUUUUGAGCUUGUUGUUUACUCUUCAACAAGCACAUGCUACAGUUGAUGAGACGUCACCAUGUAGACCAAUAGCAGCCAGAUUUUGCCAAGGAAUGAGUUACAACACUACUGUCUACCCGAGGGGUGUUCAAGGCUUCAACCUGGACAACAUUGGCAAGAUUGUCGAGACGGACUGUUCCCCAGAUGUUGCCACUCUCAUGUGUCGUGUUGUCUUGCCUGAAUGCAGAAAGGAGGGGGAGAGUGAGAAAAAACCAUGUCGUGCCCUUUGUGAGAAGGUCAUGAGAGACUGUCUUCCCACUGUCAAACAGCAGCAGCUGACCUGGCCAGCCUUACUCCAAUGUUCCAGUUUGCCAAAGUCAAACUGUGACCCGGGUCAAAGCAUCUAUAUCAAUCCAACAGCAAGAUCUACAUGUGAGAAAAUAAAUGUCCCCAUGUGCAAAAGUCUGCAUUACACUGAAACAGUGCUGCCAAACAUUCUGGGACAUACAACUCAAGAAGACGUAGGAUUGGAACUGCAUCAGUUUUAUCCAGUUGUAAAAGUACAGUGCUCCGCUCAUAUUCAGCAAUUUUUGUGCUCCGUCUACACUCCUCAAUGUGUGGAAGGAAAAGCCUUACGUCCCUGCAAAAUACUGUGUGAGAAGGCAAAAAUGGGCUGUGAGGUUCUGUUGAACAAAUUUGGCUUCCAGUGGCCAGAUUCACUUCGAUGUGAAAAAUUUACCACAGAUUCAUGUGAACAAUCCGGAGUCAACGUCAAUAUGUGUGAGCCAAUAACUAUACCAAUGUGCCAAGGGCUGUCCUAUGACCAGACCAUUUCUCCAAACCUUCUGGGUCACCAGACACAAAGAGAGGCUGCCAGUCACAUGUCUUUUUUUGACUCACUGGUGAAAACCUUGUGCUCAGUGGACAUACAGUUCUUCAUAUGCUCGGUGUACGCCCCUAAGUGUGUGGAAGGGGAAGCUCAUCGGCCCUGCAGGUCCCUCUGUGAAAGAGCCAAGAGGGACUGUGAGAGCUUGAUGACCACUUUCGGUGUUUCUUGGCCUGAGGAGCUGCAGUGUGAAUCAUUCCCAACUGAAAUGUGUACACAAGACAUCAGGCCUGAGAUGCUUAACAUUGAAAGUGUUCUUGCCAAACUGAACAGUGGUGGCUACUCUGUUCAUGGAAAAUCCCUGAGCCUCGAGACAGCCCGUCUGCUGUUGACUCUCAUGGAUAAAGACAAAUCUGGAUAUCUGGAUGUGGUUGAGUUCUUCAAACUGGAGCUCUAUGUUGCUCCGAUAAGACGGGAGUACGUGGAGAGCUAUGAGAGCAGGAUCCCGCCAUCUGUGAAUGAAGCCCAAAUGAAGAAGUCUUUAUCUGCUCGUGACUUUGUUUUAGAUGAUGCAACCUUCAGAGCUCUGUGGUACAUAUACCACCCUAAAGGUGGGAUCAACUAUGACGAGUUCGUGGCUGUAUUGACCAAACUUCAAAUCCUGAAAGAUCGUUUCUAUGAACACCUGACAAACCUGCCUUGUGACUGUCAAAUUGCCAGCUUUUCCUUUGAGCAGUUCAUCAAGUCUGCUAUAAUAUGAUCCUGAUGGAUGCACCAGAGAAGCAGUGUUUGUUGAAAUAUUUACCAUGUCUGUGGUGUGUCCAACCUUUGGUGUAUUCCUUAUGCAUGUGUCCUUUUUGAAUCUUAAUAGUUUUCAUGAUGGAAAUGAUUCUCUGGAUCUGAGUUUUCAUGCUUCAUUGUCAACUUUUGCAGUUACUGUAUUUUCCAGACCAUAAGUAGCUGUCUGGAGACAUCUUUUAUAGUUAGGUAAAUCCCGUGCAACUUAUGUCAAAAAAUACACAGCUUGGUACAUUUUGAGCACAUUGCAACCAGAAGCAUGAAAGAUGUUUACCCAGUGAUCUUCAUGCUAGUGUGUGACUGAAUAUUCUUUCCUGAGUGUUACAGUUUUUUUAUUUUUGUGAUAUUUUUGUGAAAUAUGUUUUACAAAAAUAAAUGCAACUGAUACUCCA